CCCUUACCUGCUCAACGCAUGGAGAUUCUUCGGAUAGGAGGUUCGACAAGUUCUCCCGGCCCAGCAACAGCCAGUAAAACCGCAGUAGACCGUCGUUGGCAGUCGGGCUCUGUGUUGCUCUUUGGUCGGUCGUCCUCCUGUCCUGGAACCAUAUCUCACCGACAGGCACCCAGUCACCAAGCCUCGACACUCACGACGCCCGCGCUUUCAUGAUCUUGCUUCUGACCUUUUACUUGUUACCCACCGUUGUAAUAUCAGUGUUCCUCCACAUUAGGAACCUCCUCAGAUCCACGAUGAGCCUCCCCAGCGACCUGAAGUACAUUCAAUACUCUCACAACCUCGAGGCGCAGUACUUACCGGCCAUACGAGCACUGAUAUCCAAAGACUUGAGCGAACCAUACAGCAUCUAUGUCUACCGUUACUUCCUAUAUCAAUGGGGCCACCUAUGUUACAUGGCCCUCAACCCUAAAGACUCGUCCCUAGUCGGGGUGAUAAUCUGCAAAUUGGAGACCCACUCCUCCCACUCACCACCCACCCGCCGAGGCUAUAUUGCCAUGUUGGCCGUCUCAUCUACCUUCCGCGGCCAAGGUGUGGCCACUGCCUUGGUUAAGAAGGCCAUCGAUGCCAUGGCCGAGCGCAAUGCCGAUGAGGUGGUCCUGGAGACGGAGGAGACUAACAAGCCUGCCAUGCGCCUGUACGAGCGCCUGGGCUUCCUACGGUCCAAGAAGCUGCAUCGAUACUAUCUCAACGGCAACAGUGCCUAUCGGCUCGUGCUGCUGCUCAAGAGCGUCGAUCCGGACUCGGCGACCGACUUUGCGCUGGACGACUCAGAUAGGCACGCCUAGGAGGUGUGGCCUUCUCGAUCCUGGGGCCAAUGGACUGGAGGAGACACGGCGGCAGCACAGUCGUAUUCGACAGCGUUAUCGCAAGGAAGGAGACGUCGCCGACCCGUCAGCCGACUCUGCCAGUGAACAUGGGCACAUGAGCGUGUGGGGAGCAUUGUCGGACUACCGCUAUCCAGGCUCUCCUGCUCACUUGAGCUUGUCUGGGCUGGUGGCACCUGCGCCCCCGGUACUGUGAGCUACUUCGAGGCGAUGUCCGACCGAGCGUCGGUGAUCCCGACGGGCGCUGUGCUCUGGCGUAAUUGUCACUUGAGAAUGGAGAUUCGAGAUGGUGGGUGAGUUUGGCAUGUCACGCAAGACAGAGAGACAUCGGGGCUUUUGGGAAGAUUUUGUACAUGGCUUCAUCGAAAGUUUUCUCGCAGCUUUAUCCGCAUGCAGCGGUGGCGUUCUGGUACUCGGUGUAACAGCAUUCUGGAGGCAGAGAGGCAGACAUUACAUUGGGAAGCAUUUGCAUGGUGGAAGGAUUUUCCCUACAGUCUAUAUUUCAAUAAACCACUUGAACAC